GGCGCACGCACGAUGAAUUUGCAGAGUACGGUGCUGAGUCCCCUGGCAGAUACGCGCCCUAAUCCAACAAGAACAAGAACAAGGUGCUGAGUGAUGAAAUUGUUCGAGCGAUUCUCUUGCAAGCCCCUGGCUAUUUAGCAAGUAAAUACUGCUAAAAUCGACAAUACAUCAAGUUCGUUCACCCUUUUAGUUUUUCAGCAUUGCGCUUAUCUGAAACGAAUUGGGUUGAAAUGAUACUGCUCCAGGAGAAUUGGAAUGAUGCUUUCAGAAAUGGUGAAACAGCUUGGGUUACUCUGAAGCAGCCUGGCGAGUCCAGCGUGCACGGCCGGCUGCAGGCGGCGCCGCCGGGGCCCGACCAGGAGCCGGCCGUGCACGGCUCGGACGGGUUCUGGGCGCGCCGCUGCGGCGCCGACGCGCUCGAGGUGGGCCACCAGUCGAGCCCGGCCGUCUACCGGCACCUGCUGCCGGCCGCCGAGCUGCGCGCCCUGCACUUCAAGGCCGUGACCGAUGUGGAUGUGUCGGCCAGCGGUCUGGGCGUCUCCUGCUCCGCAGACGAGACCCUGCGUGUGUGGGAGUCGGCCACUGGAGAGGUUCGGCGGGGAGCUGUCCGGACACCUGGGCGAGGUCUACACCUGCCGGUUCUUUCCCUCCGGAGUCGUGAUACUCAGCGGCGGCGCGGACAUGCAGCUCAAGAUCUGGUCGGCCGAGACGGGCCAGUGCGCGGCCACUCUGCGCGGGCAUACGGGCGCGGUGCUGGCCACGGCCAUCGUCGAUCGCGGCAGGAACAUCAUCUCGGCAGGCAGGGACGGCCACUGUAAGCUCUGGGACGUCGGCGAGCAGCGGUGUCUGGCCGAUUUGUGUGAGAUCGACUCUGUGAUCAACUGCGUGCUGCUGACGGACCUGCCCGACGGCCUGGACCCCGGAUCGCGUGACGAACCGCCCAAUGAGCGGGAGGUGGGCACGGAGGGCCGGCUGGUGGCCGUCGGCUCGGAGGACGGCUGCGUCCGGCUGGUGGCCGCGCACAGCCGGCGGCAGCUGACCAGCUGGCAGCUGCCGGCCGCCGUCACGGCGCUCAGCUGCCCGACGCCGGGCCGACUGGCAGCCGGCUGCCGGGACGGCUCCGUCUGCUGGCUGGAGGUGCGCUCCGGCCGACAGCUGGGUGCCGGCCGUCGCUCGUGCUCGCCCGUGCUGGCGCUGCGGCCCGUCUCCGGCCGGCUGCUGGUGGCGCGCGCUGACGGCACCGUGCACACGGAGGAGCCACCGGACGGUGACCGGGCGGACCCUCCGCACACCGUGGUACUCUGCGGACCCGACUGUGAGCCCGUGUACGGUCUGAGCGACAACGGACGGCAGCUGUUCACGGCCGGCCGGGACUGCUGCGUGCGCCGCUACAAACUGCCUCUGUGACCUGCCCACGGAACGUAAUCUACGUCUCCGUCAACUGUGCGUGUGACCGGUCGGGGGAAGAGAGGCAAGUCCGCAGGGCAUGGGGGUCACGCCUCCGCUGCAUUGCCGUAAUGUGCCACUGCCGCCUCCCACAGUUGUGCGCUCAGUGCCCAUCCUCCAGGUCGUCUGAGCCGGUCACUAUCCCCGACCGAUUCGGGGGUUUAACCCUGCUCGCAUUGUGCUCGUCAUUAAUUUGUGAUAAAUGAAUUAACUUACUUUG